CGGUCGGCAUUCGUCGGCCGGUGCAAUUUGCGUCUCGUGUCGCUCCGCGUUCGCGAGUGUCGCGUCAGUUCGUGUCAUCGCCGUUGUCGCUGUUGUCGGCGCUGGUUGCUGCUGCCGCCGCCGCCGCCACUGCUAUCUCGCUGAUAAACUCUUCGCGAUGCGGUGACGGCGCCGUGAGAUUGACUCGCGUACGAUCGCGCGCGCGCGCGCGACUUCCUCGCCGACGUAGGUUUCGGAGUCGUCGUCGUGCGUGCGUGGUAUCCGUCUCGCGCGGGCCGCGGAUGUGUGACGCGCUUCUUUGCCGGGACCGUGGACGAAGUGUGCAGAAAAUGGCACAGGACACCGACGAUAUCAACCUCACGCCGCAGGAGUUGCAGACGCUGUCGGAGCUGGACAGCCGGCAGUUCGGCUUCCUCAAACUGAACUCCCCGGAGCAGGCGAAGAGGAAGGCCCUGAUGGUGCGUGCCAUCAAGUAUCUGGAACGUAUGCUGGUUCAGGCCCAGGCGGAGAAACAGCGCAGGAAAGCCGAUAGUACAAAAGCGUGCUCAGACGACUCAAAGGAGAAUGAGGAUGAGGAUAAGGGAAUAAGCAUCGAUCCCAAGACAUACUGCAAGCUGGGACAUUUCCACCUACUCUUAGAAGAUUAUAGCAAAGCAAUGUCAGCAUAUCAGAAAUUCUACUCUUUAAAAGGCGAUUACUGGAAGGAUGCUUCAUUUCUAUAUGGGCUGGGUCUCGUUUACUUCCACUUCAAUGCCUUCCAAUGGGCCGUGAAAGCGUUCCAGCAGGUGCUAUGGGUGGAACCAGGAUUUCCACGGGCCUGCGAGGUUCACCUACGGCUCGGCUUGAUGCUGAAGGUCCACGCUGAGUUCGACGCCGCUUUGAAACACCUGACUCUCGCCCUGAUCGAUGCCACCACACCUGCCUCCUUCUCUAAGCUCGAGAUCAAGUUCCACAUCGCUCACUUAUACGAAGUUCAGGGCAAGUAUCGUCUGGCCAAGGAACAUUACGAGGCUCUGCUGAAGGAAAAGCUGCCGUUACAUCUGAAGGCCGACAUCUGUCGUCAAUUGGGAUGGAUGCACCACGUGGUUGAAUGCACGGUGCUGGGCAUAACUAGAGCGCAAAAGCAACACAUAGCUAUCCAGUGCCUGCAGAAAUCCAUCGAAGCCGAACCCAAGAGCGGACAGAGUCUUUAUCUUUUAGGACGUUGUCUGGCUGCCUCCGGAAAGGUGCACGAUGCAUUUAUCGCAUACAGAAAUUCAGUCGAAAAAUCGGAAGGCAAUGCGGACACAUGGUGUAGUAUAGGAGUACUAUACCAACAACAGAAUCAGCCUAUGGAUGCAUUGCAAGCCUACAUAUGUGCUGUGCAACUAGACAAAUCCCAUUCGGCUGCUUGGACUAAUCUAGGCAUAUUAUACGAAAGUGUUAGUCAACCGAAAGACGCCCUGGCCUGUUACGUUAACGCAUCCAGGGGAAACAGCAAUAUAGCAAAUUGCACGGGCCCAUUCGCGGGUCUGGGUGGCGUUAAGUCCGGUGGCAACAACCCGAUGAACCCGUCCCUCCAACAGCGCAUCAGCUUUCUGCAGAGUCAUCUAAGUCAAGCACCAAUGCCUUCCGUCGCUACCAAGAGGCGGCAAUUGCCGUCAAUCGAAGAGGCUUGGAAUCUGCCGAUUAGCGCAGAGAUGUCCAGCCGACAGCAGCAACAACAGCAACCCGGCGGACCUUCGUACAAAUAUGGUGCCACGCCGACUGGACCACCUCCACCUUAUCCUCAAGCUCAAGGACAGAAUGCUAAGCGAUUUAAGACCGAUGAGGUGAUAUCAGCUGUGCCGCAGCAACGAACGCCGCCGUUCUACCUAACGCAGCAGCAACUGCAAAUGCUGCAUUUUCUACAACAGAAUAUCAAUAGCUUGACACCGCAGCAGCAAAAUGUGCUCGUCCAACUGCAACAUCAAUACCGUGCGAUGCAGCAACACCAGCAACAAAUCAGGCAACAGCAACAAGCGGGACAACGAGGUCUUAGGCCAGGGCAGCCCGGUUAUCCCACGACAUACGGUCAUCCUCAGAACCUCGGCCAAUCGUCAGGUGUUGUCAAGAAUUAUGGUAUACCGCAACAGCCGUUGCAGCAAGGAGGUACAGUUGCGCUGCAAACGGGCUUCUCGGACACCAAUGUCGGCUACAAUACGGCGGCGACUGGAAACACUACGCAGACACCAGGAAUGCCUUACAAAUCCGCCUCUGACCCCACUUACCCGCCACAGAGGCAACCGAUCACAGGCGGUGCUCAGUAUGGUGGUCAGUAUCAGCAACAGCCGAAUCAGUACGCUGCUCAAGGUUAUACACAGGUCACAUCAGCGACAAGUGGUUAUUCGGAGAGCUCAACGGUUACUGCAGCGAAUAAGGACAAUCUGGGCGUGACGGAUCAGGAGUUGCAGGCGUUGCUAUCACAAAAGGACAUAGCUACGUCGCUGGCGGAAGAUUUGCUCAAGCACUUCGGUUCCGACGAUUUGGAAACAGUCGUGAAGGAGGAACCAUCGAGCGGUGUUAUCAAUGACAACGGUACGUUGAGUUCCGGCCCGUUCUCACCGUCGAAUCUCGAGGAAAAUGCUGACAAGGUAAAGGAGGUGAAACUGGAAAAACCAGAAGAAGUGACUUCCCAAUCGACGCAGUCUAAAUCGACGACAGAUGCUGUAACGACAAUCAUAACGACGACCGCGACGACAACUGCAACAACGGUGAAAUGUGAGAUGACGACGGUUAAGUGUGAGACGACGACAUCAUCAUUAUCCUCUAGUACGACGAUGACAACGGCAACGAUAAACAAGAGCGAAGCGACCAAUAUUUCCAAGGCAGAAUCGAUGAUGAAUCUGAAACUCGAGUCGUUGUGCGAAUCACAACCCGAACAGGAGUUGAGUAUUGAAAUGGAUUCUAGAGCGAUAGUCGAGGCGUGCAAGGGUCGAGGGUUGAGAGGCGUGCCGAAUUGCUCGAUACUGAGCGAUCGUUCACCACCACCGGCACCACCGGAUCCACCUAUUCAACGAAUACACUUGACGAAAGAACAGUUAUCGCCGCCUGCUCCGAGUGUCUUUCUAGAGAACAAAAAGGACGUUUUCAGUCCGCAGCUGCAAGAAUUUUGUUUGAAACACCCAAUUGCCGUAGUACGUGGUCUCGCGGCAGCACUCAAACUUGAUCUAGGUCUUUUCUCAACUAAGACUCUGGUCGAAGCGAAUCCAGAUCACGGUAUUGAGGUACGCACACAAAUGCAGCAAACUAGCGAAGAGAACUGGGAUCCGGCGCUCAACAAAAAAGUCUGGAACUGCAUUAGUCAUCGCAGUCACACAACGAUUGCCAAGUACGCGCAAUAUCAGGCCUCUAGUUUUCAGGAGAGUCUGAGAGAAGAGAAAGUUCAGGGCGGCGUACAUUCUUCUAAUCUGUCAGACUCGGACUCAAAAGACAGCACUGGUCAAACAGUCCGACGCAAAAAGAACAAUUUUGGUCUAUCUGGUCGACCAGGAACUAAGAUGUUGCGUUUUGGUACCAACGUGGAUCUAUCAGAUGAGAGGAAAUGGAAGCCACAGUUGCACGAAUUGAUGAAGUUACCGGCCUUUGCUAGGGUGAUAUCGGCUGGUAAUAUGCUCAGUCAUGUGGGGCAUGUAAUCUUAGGAAUGAACACCGUACAAUUGUAUAUGAAGGUACCUGGUAGUAGAACACCCGGACAUCAAGAGAACAAUAAUUUUUGUUCUAUUAAUAUCAAUAUCGGACCGGGCGACUGCGAAUGGUUUGCGGUACCAGAUGCGUAUUGGGGCGUAAUAUGCUCACUCUGCGAGCGCAACGGCAUCAGUUACCUACAUGGUAGUUGGUGGCCGAAUCUAGAAGAAUUAUUCGAAGAGAAUAUCCCAGUGUACAGGUUUCAUCAGCGACCAGGUGAUCUGGUAUGGGUGAACGCGGGUUGCGUGCACUGGGUACAGGCGGUUGGUUGGUGCAACAAUAUUGCAUGGAACGUUGGCCCGCUCACUGCCAGACAGUAUCAACUCGCGAUCGAGCGUUAUGAGUGGAACAAGCUGCAAGCAUUUAAAUCGAUUGUGCCAAUGGUGCAUCUUUCAUGGAACUUGGCGCGUAAUAUCAAGGUGUCGGAUCCUCGAUUGUUCGAGUUGAUCAAAAAUUGUCUUUUGCGAACGAUGAGACAGUGUUGCUUAAUACUGGAGUUCGUGAAGAGUAAGGGUGUGGAAGUGCGCUUCCAUGGCCGCGGCAAAAACGAGGCUUCGCAUUAUUGUGGCCAGUGUGAGAUUGAAGUGUUCAAUAUCCUGUUUAUCCGCGAACAGGAAAAGCGUCACGUAGUGCAUUGUAUGGAUUGCGCGCGUAAGCAAUCUCCUUCCUUGGAAGGAUUCGUCUGUUUGGAGGAGUAUCGCAUGCGUGACUUGAUGGAUGUUUAUGAUGGAUUUACCUUGUAUAUGCCGCUGGUCACCCCCACUAGCACAACUACCACUACUUCCUCGUCAUCGUCAUCGACAGUAUCGACGACAUUGCAGGCACAAACUGGCCAGUCCUCCUGAGAUUACAUGCAACAUAUAUAUUUGGACUUCCCGAGUAUACUGCAACAGUAGUGAUCACUACCAUCCGGGAAAUGCAAAUUUUUUCCGGAUGGUGGCGAUCACUGCUACUAGUGUUAGUCCUUUUGUCAAUGCGGGACGAGAAGACAUUUCGUACGAUAAGCAUUAUCCAUGUACCUGAGAGCUACGCGAAAAGAGGCGGGACCGGCUCCUUGAGGGCUCGUAGGCGACCGUCCGCAAAUAUAUAUCGCAUGAA